AUGAUAUAUGGUUCAGCUUCAGAGCAAUAUGCUAGGGUUUGGGAUUAUGGAAAGGCAGUGAUUAGGUAUAACCUCGACAGUGGGGUUUAUGUAGUUGUUGAUGGAGUUAAUAAACCAGAACCUCCUAUCUUCAUGAGGAUAUACAUCUGUUUGGCUCCAUUGAGGGCUGGUUUUAACAAAAGGUGUAGGCCUCUGAUAGGUCUUGAUGAAUGUAAUUUAAAGGAAGCAUAUCUAGGUCAAAUAUUGGUUGCUAUUGGCAAGGAUGGAAAUAAUAAAAUAUUUCCUUUUGCAUGGGCAACAGUUGAGGUGGAAAACAAAGAAACAUGGUAUUGGUUCUUAGAGUCUUUGAAGAAGGAUCUUGUUGAUAUCACUAAUAACUUAGGUUUGACUUUCAUGUCUGACAGACAAAAGGGGUUGCUGGAAGCUUUUGAGCAGCUAGUGCCAUUAGCUGAGAAGAGAUACUGUUUUGAUUUUGAGGUUGCCAUGGAGUCCAUAAAAUGCCUGUUAGAGGAUGCUUAUGAGUACUUAGAAAAUAUACCAACAAGACACUGGUCCAAACAUGCCUUUUCUAAUAUCUGCAAGUCUAAUAUGCUCUUAAACAACCUAUGUGAAACAUUUAAUGCUGUUAUCAAGGAUGCAAGGGAUAAACCCAUUCUUACUCAAAUGGAGUGGGUGAGGAAGUAUAUGAUGAAGAGAAAUAGAGUGAAAUGGGAAGCAGUUCAGAAAAUGGAUGGGAAGAAUAUGCCUUUUGACUGGGAUUCCAUGUGUGUACAUGGAUUUGCAUGUAUUCUGGAUAAGAGGGUGGACCUAGAUGACUAUGUGGAUGCAUAUUACAGUAGGGCAACUUAUAUUUUAGCCUAUGAGGAUGCUAUAAAGCCUAUUCCAUGCCCAAAGCAUUGGGAGAAGAUAGACCUUAGAAAAUCACUCCCACCUCAAGUUAGGGUUAUGCUAGGGAGGCCUAAAUCAAAGAAGAUGAAGCUGGAAAAGGGAGAGGGUGCACCAAACAGCAAAGAGACCCAACCUAAGCUCCAUAAGUUUUAG